CCACCCCUCCCCUUUCCUGUACCAAAAUUGCUUCCUUGCCUUCUCUACCUUUCUCUGCCUCUUUUUCCUUAUCCCUCUCUCUCUCUCACUUCUCCUUUUUUCUUUUGUCUCGUGGGCUCUCUCUUCUUCACAUUCGAAUUCCUCCACCUACCUGUCUGAACAGGGAGAAGUGGCAGACGCCGGAGGCCACAGAGAGGAGAAGAGAAAAGGAGGAAAGAGAGAGAGAAAAACAGAGGGUAAAAGAGUGCUGUAGGUUUGGGCAGUGAUCGCAGAGAUUUGGGCUUUUUUCAAGUGGUGUGUCGGUGGUGCUGGGAUGGAUGCCAUCAUGCUGCAGGAGAAGCUGGUGGAGAGGCUGCUGUGUGCCCGAGGCAGGACUACUCGACAGAAGGAUAAGCAGUAUGUUGGCUUUGCUACGCUCCCAAACCAGGUCCACAGGAAGUCGGUGAAGAAAGGCUUUGACUUCACCCUGAUGGUAGCAGGUGAAUCUGGCCUGGGCAAGUCUACUCUAGUCAACAGCCUUUUUCUCACAGACCUCUACAAGGACAGAAAAUUACUAAACGCAGAAGAGCGUAUUAAUCAGACAGUAGAGAUUACUAAACACACUGUGGAUAUUGAGGAGAAGGGUGUGAAGCUCAAGCUCACCAUUGUGGACACUCCAGGUUUUGGAGAUGCUGUCAACAACAAUGAGUGCUGGAAGCCCAUCACAGACUACAUUGAUCAGCAGUUUGAACAAUACUUCAGGGAUGAAAGUGGACUCAACAGGAAGAACAUAUUGGAUAACCGAGUGCACUGCUGUCUCUAUUUCAUACCUCCAUUUGGACAUGGUUUAAGGCCGGUUGAUGUGGAAUUCAUGAAGGCUCUACAUGAGAAGGUGAACAUUAUUCCCCUCAUCGCCAAAGCAGACUGUCUCACUCCAAACGAGAUAAAGAAGCUGAAGGACCGGGUGCGAGAUGAGAUUGAGCGGUUUGGGAUUAAAGUGUAUCAGUUUCCUGAGUGUGACUCUGAUGAGGAUGAGGAGUUUAAGCAGAUGGAUAAAGAGCUUAAGGAGUGUACUCCAUUUGCCGUUAUCGGUAGUAAUACAGUAGUGGAAGCAAGAGGGCAAAGAGUGCGAGGACGUCUCUAUCCAUGGGGAAUUGUAGAAGUGGAGAAUCAGUCUCAUUGUGACUUUGUGAAACUGAGGAACAUGCUGAUUCGCUCUCACAUGCACGACCUGAAAGACGUGACCUGUGAUGUACAUUAUGAGAACUACAGAGCUCACUGCAUACAGGAGAUGACCAGUAAACUUGCACAGGACAACCGCAUGGACAGUCCAAUUCCCAUCCUGCCACUGCCCACUCCAGACGCAGAGACAGAGAGACUCAUCAAGAUGAAGGACGAGGAGCUGAAGAGGAUGCAGGAAAUGUUGGAGAAGAUGCAGCAACAGAUGCACGAGAAAGACCAGUGAUGAUUACACACAGAUACACACACACACACACACACACACACACACACACACACACACACACACACACACACACACACACACAUACAUACAACACACAAACCUCACCGCAUACGCGUAUGUGAACAUACAUUAUGCAGAAACACACCUGUCAGUACAAAUCUUACUGUAUGCUCUGUACUCUCCCAUGUGAAUGAACUCAAAUGGUCAUAUGUGUAUUAUACCUGCAGCGUAUCCUCCAAACAGACAGUGACAGACUCUUAUACUGUAUAUUUGCAAACUGAUUUGCUUGGUGCUUUGGAGCCCUCGCCUGGCAAGUACAAAUGUGAUGCAGCUAUUUAAUGUUUCAUUUGUGUUGAUGCCAAUGUGAGUAUAGCUAACAGGGGUAAUAUAAUGUAAUAUUAAUUUAAAUUAAAUUGACUUUUAGAUGUAUCUAAUUUAUAUUUACUUGAUUUUUUUAAUGCUUAACUAGACGAAUGUGCAAAAGGUGUUUUGUAAUGCCGUUUUAGCCGAUUUGGGUGAGUCUGGAAUGUGCGUGCGUGUGUGUGUGUGUGAACAUGUACUUUUAUGAUAAACCCUUUUUAUUCUUGUAAGCUGCUCAAUUGCAGUCUUGGCUUUUAUAGUGCUAGCUCUAAGUGAAUGUAGAAGUACAGUGCAGGUUAUUGUUAUUGAAUAAAUAUGCAUAAUUCA